AAUCGCCGCCUCAAACCGGAAGCGAGAGACUCCCCCCACAAAAUCUCAUCUGCUUGCUCGUCGUCGUGGAGUAGCGGCGGCGGCGGCGGCGACGGCGACAGCCGCGUGCACAGCCAGGCUAGGCCAGCUGCUCGGCGCAGGCGGCAUUUGCGUUCUUCCCGAUCGUGCGUUGCGGACGCUUAGCUCGGGAUCGCUCCCGUUGCCGGGGCGGUUGACAUGGAGAUUGCGAAGAAGGCGCGGAGAUCGACGGGGAGCGUGUCAGGCCGCGGCGGCGACGACGACGACGACGACGCCUCCGCGGCGACGGGGAUGUGGUCCAUCAGCGUGCCGGACGACUUGCUCGGCAUGAUCGCAGCGCAGCUCGACGACGUGGUCGAUUUCGUGCGGUUCCUGGGCGUGUGCCGCACAUGGCGGGAGACAGGGGCUUCGUCACCAGCGGCGACGAAGCCGAACGCGUUCCUGCCAUGGCUUCUGGCCCCGCACCACCGCCACGACCCGCUCCUUCACAGUCGCUUCGUCUUCUCCGGCACCACCCGCGACUGCCCCUGGCCGCCGAGCCUCGCCGCCGGCCCCGCGCAGACCAUGGUGAUCGGCGCCAGCGGCCGCCUCCUCGCCGUCGGCGCCUCCCACGAGGCCUGCUUCAUCGACCCUCUAGCCGGCGCCGUGACACCACUCAUCAGUCCCCUUCCUCGUCGUCUCAAGCUGGAUGGGCUCACGUGUACCGUCACCCCAGACAUGUCCACCGUCGUCGUCAGCAGCAUCCCGUCUCCAUGCUCGAGCAGGAGAGUCCCAGCAGGAGAGACUUCUAACUGCAAAUAUAUUAAUGCAUAUGUUAAAUCAGAUAAAACAGAAUAGAAAAGCAAUCAAGUAUCAUAGAUUUCACUGUUGCAAAAACCUUACAGUUGCUUAUAAAGUAAAUGCGUAGUUGGAUAA